AGACGGAGUUUUGUGUGCUUUUAUAAGGGGGGUCGGGGGGGGGGAGUUAAACAUUACGCAACAUCUCAGCAUUCCACGUAACACACACACACACACACACACACACAUAAGUACAUACCUGUAGCCAUGGCAGAAGAGCAGAUUUCUCCUCUGAAGGAUUUUCUAACUACUUACAUCAUGCCGGAAAAGUGUUAUGAGCAUCUGAUCCUCAGACUGAACCUGACACACGGUCCGUGUGUGAAGGUUGUGCUGAGUAAGAUCUUGAGCGUGUGGAUGCUGGGAGAACUCAUAGCGCCGGUGCUGCAGGUCCGAGUGGUGGUGCAGGGGGGCAGUGCUGAGGGUCUCAAUUUGGUGUCUGUGGUCCUGCAGCUGUUCGCAGUCUCGACUCACACAGCGGCCUGUAUCCUGCACAAAUUCCCCAUCGGGGCUUAUGGUGAGAGUGUGUUUGUGUUGCUUCAGUUGUUGCUGCUGGUUUUCCUUAUCCAGUAUUACAAACGGAACAUCAUCUCAGGUUUGGUUCUCCUUGGUGUGUAUUGUGGUGUGAUGUACUUGUUGACCUCAGCCCUUAUCUCGGAGGCUGUUGUCAUGGCGAUGCAGGAGUGGAGUGUACUGAUGGUCCUCACCAGCCGGUUGAUCCAGGCAGGCUGUAAUCUCCACACUCGGUCCACCGGGCAGCUCUCUGGUGCAAGUGUGUUUUUGGUGUUUCUGGCUUCUUUGGGACGUGCCUUUCGAUCCACGCAGGAGUCUCACUCGCUCCACUCUCUGGCCUGUGUCCUGUCCUCCUGCUGCUCUCUGCUGCUCCUCAUCCAAAUACAGAUUUACCAAAAAUCAACAAGCAGAGAGACAACAAAAAGGAAGAAAGAGGAAUAGAGAGAGAGAUCAUGAUCAAUGAAACACAAUGUACCUGACUGUCCUCAGCUGUUCAGUGUGCUGUUAACUGUUACUUCUGUUAAAAUACCUCACGCCUUACAUUUAAAAAUAAAAUAAUAAAACAAUAAUAA